AUAAACCAAUUCAAACUGAUAUAUCAAUUCAUUAUAUCAAAUGGCGAACUUUGAGAACCUAUCUUCUGAUUUUCAGACAAUGGCCAUGGAUAUAUAUUCUUCCAUGACUCAAGCUGCAGAUCUAAACAACAACAGCAGCAACCUUCAGUUUCAAACAUUUCCUCCUUUCUCCACUUGUCUCGAUUCUUUCUUCCUUCAUCGUCAUCAACAACAAUCACUUGCUUAUCCCGGGAAAUAUCCCGGCAGUGAUAAUAAUCUCUCAACGACUUCAAUUUUGUAUCAUCCCAAUCACAACAACGUCCACGAGACCAAGAAGAGAAAAGAUUCGUUACAAACUUUGUCUUCAUCCGAGAAUAGUAGCGUCUCUGAUCAGCUGAAUAUCAAUACCACCGAAACUGGUUGUUCAAGAAGAGGUAAGAGGUCGAAGAAGCAGAAGAAUCAAGAAGAAGAGAAAGAGAGAGAAGUUGUUCAUGUGAGAGCCAGAAGAGGCCAAGCCACUGAUAGCCACAGCUUAGCAGAGCGGGUACGGCGAGGAAAAAUAAACGAGAGAUUGAGAUGCUUGCAAGAUAUUGUUCCUGGAUGUUAUAAGAGUAUGGGAAUGGCUACGAUGCUUGACGAGAUAAUAAACUAUGUCCAGUCUCUACAAAAUCAAGUCGAGCUGCUGUCGAUGAAACUCACGGCAGCAAGCUCGUUUUAUGACUUCAACUCAGAGACCGAUGCUGUUGAUUCCAUGCAGAGAGCAAGGGCUCGUGAGGCAGUGGAGAUGGGGAGACAAACAAGAGAUGGGAACCCUGUCCUCCAUUUAUCAACGUGGUCCCUUUGACUUCUGUUUUCUCCUUUUCUUAUUUUUAAUAUUUUGCAGAAAUUAUUCUUAUAUUCAUUUGGAUGUAAUAUGUUGUAAUAUGACCCAACCUGGGAUAGUAUUUGUGAUCUAUAUACUUGUAUUUUCGAAAUUAUAUACUCGUUGGUGACUUAUACUGGCUUCUCAUGUAAAUGUCUCAAGGAAGCAAUUCUCUUC